AUGUCUGAUGUCAAAGAAGUGAAAAUGGGGACACCAGAUGAGCCCAGCUUGGAGAAGAACAAUGAGCUGGGAAGCGGAGAGGUUCAGGAUAUUGGAGCUCAGCUUUUCGUUGAAGGCGAGGAGAUUACCCCUGAGGAACUCGAGAUUGAAGGCGCCGAGGUACGCAAGAUCCUCGACAAGCGCAUCAUGCCAAUGCUAUACUUGACAUAUUGCAUCCAAUUCUUAGAUAAACUUUCCCUCAACUAUGCCUCUGCUUAUACCCUAAUCCCCGACCUAGGCCUCGAAGGCCAGAGGUACUCCUGGGUCGCGGCAAUAUUCAACUUUGGGUACCUGGCAUUCGCUAUACCUUCAAAUCUUCUGAUCCAACGACUGCCGCUCGCAAAAUACAUGGGUGCGGUGCUUCUACUAUGGGCAGGAUUGGUAGUAGCUCAUGUUGGAGCAAAGAACUAUGCUGGGAUGCUAGUUCUACGGUUCAUCCUGGGAAUGGCAGAAGCAUGCGUUAGCCCCUGUAUGAUGAACUUUACAUCUAUGUUCUACAAACGAUCCGAGCAACCCCUGCGCAUGGCUGUAUGGCUCUCCGCAAAUGGAACAGCGACAAUGGUCGGCGCCCUCCUCGGCUUCGGUCUCGGCCACGUCCACAACACCACUCUAAAGAGCUGGCAGCUGAUUUUCCUCGUAAUCGGUCUCCUUAACUUCAUCACAGGCGUCCUCUUCCUCUGGGUGAUGCCCGACUCCCCUAGCUCCGCCAAAUUUCUCACCCAUCGCCAGCGCAUCAUCGCCGUCCAGCGCGUCUCAGAGAACAUGAUAGGCGUCAAGACCAAACAGUUCAAAUUCCGGCAAGCCCUCGAACUCACCUACGACAUCAAAGUUCACUGCAUCCUAUUCAUCGGCGUCGCCUGCGGUAUCAUCAACGGCGGCGUUUCCAACUUCGCAUCAUCGCUCAUCAAGGGCUACGGAUUCUCAGGCAUCUACGCUACCCUCCUCCAGCUCCCCACGGGAGCAAUCGAGGCCGUCGUCGUCCCGAUCUGUGGGCUCGUCUCGACGUACGUCCGCGACUCCCGCUGCAUCGUCCUCGCCGUCGUGUGUCUUAUCCCCUUUGGCGGACUUUUGGGGAUUCGCUUCACGGAUCUGGACCACCGCUGGACCCUCGUUGGCUGCACAUGGCUCCAGUAUAUCAUCGGCGCGCCCGUCAUCGUUUCUUGGAACCUGCUUUCGACAAAUGUUGCGGGCCACACGAAACGGUCGAUUGCCAAUGGCCUGUGGUUCACCCUCUACGCAGGCGGAAAUGUCGCGGGUUCGAACAUCUUCUUUGCGCGCGAGGCGCCUAGGUACUACUCCGCGUUGACUGGCUUGUUGGUCUGCUAUGCAGGCAUGAUUGUCCUAGCUGGUGUUGCGUACGCCGCUAUGAAGAUUGACAACAUUCGGAGGGAUCGAAAGAUGGGCGCGGAUGAGAGUGUGGGGAGACAGGAGCGGGCUGUGUUGGACGGGUUCAAGGAUAUGACGGAUAUGGAGUCGAAGGAUUUUCGGUAUGCGCUUUGA